UAUGAAAGCUUAAUCAGGUGCGCGUUUGAAAUGCACUUUCGAAUAUGCGAGGAUUACAAACAUGAGUUAGACAUCGUUUUCUGGGAAAAAGCAGAAGAACUUUAAUUUUCGUUUUGCAGCCGCUUGAUUUUUCAUAAAAAGGAGUGUCCCACUAGGCACUGCUAGAGAUGUCCCAGGAGGGGAGUGACCUAGAUCUAUAUAACCCAAGCCCUUCAUCAGAUCACAUAGAUCUCACAGAGACAUCUGAAGAUGAUGCCAGAUCUUCCGAGUACAAGGACUUCCCUGAAUCCACAGGCUGUGAUGUGAGACCCUCAGAAUCCUGUACAAAUGUAAGAGCGGGGCACACUGGUUCCUCAGUGAAGAGGAAAAUGUCCAGUUUUGCAGAGCCAGAAAUCCUAGAAGAUUAUGAUGAUAUUAAAGAGGAGUUUGAAUCUCCAAUCCUUCCACGGAAAAAAAUCAAAUCAAUGGAAAGUCGGAGUGAAUCUGAAUCAGAGACUCUUCUUCAACCAGGGAAAUCCUUUUUGGUGAAAGACUUUACAUCAGGACCAACAUCCACUGACACUGGUUUGUCUGAGAAUUUGGACAAGGAUUACGACUUAUCCAAAAUUUUCAAGUUAUCUCCAAAGGAAAGUAAACCAGUGGAGAAGGGGAAAGGUGAAGCAUUUCAUGACGAAGGGGAAAGCAGUACAGAAGUUAAACAGGGAGUGGAAACUUUCAUACAGAAAUCAAUUUCAGAGGAGGAUGUUGAAUUAGUGAAAGAGAUGUUUCCACACCUUGAAGAAAAAAUGAUCUUCAGAAUUUUAAAAAAGUUACAGAAAACAGAUGAAGAUACUGAUACAUGCAUUCUUGAGCGAGUGAUAGAUUAUUUUCUAAAAACAGAGUUACCAUCACCAGAGAAGAAUACAGCAUCACAAGAUGUACAAGCUGCUUUGGGAAAUACUCGCCCGGCUUUUCUCAUUCAAGCGACAAGUUCAUCUUCAACUCCAACUCAAUCAGAUGAGUUGCCCAAGUUACAAUGUCGUAAUCGUACGAACAGAGGGCAGAAGGGGGCCUCUAACAAAGGAAACAAAGGGAAAGCACCUGCAAAGAAAAUAAGAACAGAGCAGGUUUCAUACUGUGAAUCUGAGGAUAAUGUAAUGGAAUUGGAUGGAUAUGGCAGCGAGAGCAGUGCCUCCUCACCGCUGGGUGAGGUGGCUGUGUCCGUCCCUCCUGCCGACAGGUAUCCCGUCAGUUACGCAGAAGUUUCCUCAUCACUCUUAAAGUGUGAUGCCUGUGGUUCCCAACAAGAAACAACCGCCAUAAGCCAGUGCUGCAACGAUCACCUCGUCUGUAAAACCUGUGUGGAAAAACAAGUCAAGAGCGUGAUCUCCCUUGACAGCCAAGAUACUCAGAUUUCCUGUCCUAUGUUUGGUUGCAAUACGUACAUCCCUAUGAGUCAAGCUUCAAAAGUCCUGCCCUCGCUGGUAAUGGAGCUUCUGGAGGAAAAGGUCAACAAGAAAGCAAUGGAGUCAAUAACACAAAUGGAGGACCUACACAGUUGUCCAUUUUGUAAUUAUCCUGUUGCUGUAGACCAUGACCUCAAGAAAUUUUCGUGUCCAAAUCCAGAUUGCAAGAAAUUAAGUUGCAGGUUCUGCAAGAAGAUGUGGAAUGAGGGUUGCCAUAAUAGCUGCAAUGCAUUCACAACGUUUUUGGAUGAGAGCAACAACCAUCUAGAGCUUCCCAAAUACUGGGACAAAAUGCCAACAGAACAAACAGACUUUAUUUUGAUGGAGCUGGAUCGCUCAGGGAUGGAAUUUAAAAUGAUCAAGGACCUUUUCUGUUCUUCCUUGAAAAAUAUCAACCCCAUUUCCAUACGCAGAGUCCAAAAUCCUCGAUUAUGGGAAAAAUUUAGUUUGACAAGAAAACACAUGGCUGAAGAAAUAGGGAUUUUGAAUGAAAAACAACUAUUUCAUGGAACUAAAAGUGAAGCAAUAGAAACUAUCUGCAGAGAUGGGCUGGACUGGAGAAUGUGUGGAGAAAAUGGGGUUGCCUUUGGGCAAGGUACCUACUUUGCUAAGCAUGCAAAGUAUUCAGACACUUAUUGUGUUCCAUACAGUGGUAACAGAGGCAGCAGUGCUGUUCAACAACCAAGAGUACCGGUAGUGAGAAUACGAUCCGUCUCCAAAAACCCAAAUCUACCGGUACAUUAUACUGUUUCUGUAUCCAAUCCCAUGUUUGGACCUACAGUUACCCUUCAGGGGACAGGGGGGCAAGCAUCAACCUCAAAUAUUGGACCCAGUCCAGUAGGACUUCUAAAAUCGAAUGUGAUUACAACUCCAGUCGUUCAACCGACCUCCGUGCCCUUUCAACAGAUCAGUGCUCUCCAUGGAAUAGGAACACAGAUGGGAUUUGGAGCAGUGACAAUGGGCACACCGUUUGGCUCACCACAGACUGCUCAAACUACCGGUAACAAUCAUUCCAAUCCCUCCCAGUCAAGUGUUGCUGAUGCUCCUAAAGUGACCGCAGACGUUGGACAGAUACUUAGAGUGCAGCAUAAGUACAUGUUUGUGGCUCGUGUGUUAGUUGGAUGUCCAGGACAGGGACGGCCAGGAUUGAGGAAACCCCCGGAGGAUCCCACCGAUCCCAAAGGAAGGACAUUCCAUUCGUGUGUUAAUUCUUUGCAGAAACCAAGCAUAUUUGUGAUUUUUGACAGUACACAGUGUUAUCCAGAAUACCUCAUUGAAUAUGUCAAUCUGAUCUCCAACAGGUAGACAAUGUGAAAGAAAACUCUCAAGUGCCAAUAGAUUUAAUCUGAUUUUUAAACCAGUAUGUUUCACCGAUUGUAUCAAUUACACAUGUAGUUAUUGUUACAUAUUAUAAUUUGUUAGAGUUCCAGACAUAAUAAAUAAUCUAUUAAAAUGAU